AUGGCAACAAAAGGAUGGCUUCACACCAGAGCCAACAGUCAUGGUUCAGCAUAUUCAAAGCCAACGGCGUUGGACAGCUGUGUGAAGUGUGGAAUGACCAUAGCCAGCGAAUGCAUCUCGGCUUUUGGAGACUUGUAUCAUCCUCAGUGUUUUAAGUGCCAUGACUGCCACAGACCCAUAUAUCGCGAAUUCUUCCCGGUCCAAGAGCGAAACGGCCCAGUUCCUCUCUGCGAAAACGACCUCUUCCGACGUUUAGAUAUGCUAUGCAGCGAAUGUGGUGGUGCCUUGCGAGAUUUAUAUAUCAGUGCCGUUGGGCGCAAAUACCACAUGGAUCAUUUCACCUGUCACUCCUGUCAGCAUGUCAUCGGCCCUGGGGAUAAUUACUACAUACAUCGAGGAAAGGCAUAUUGCAAGAACGACUACAUGGCGAAAUAUGCAGACCGCUGUUAUGGUUGCGGAAUGGCUAUUAUGGAUCAGUAUAUAAAGGUUUAUAUGCCGACAAAGCGAGUCUGGCAUGAACGCUGUUAUAAGACUCAUAAACGUCACAACCCGGGAUCGUCGCUGGACCACAUUCCCGUCAUGGAAGAACAGGAUGACGAAUCUGCCUGUCAUAGAAUGGAGAGCAUCCUAAAUAACUUUGAGUCAACGGUUACGUCGUGUAUAAGCGAUAAUCUCGAGCACCUCGAAUCCGGUUCCCAUGAGAAGAUAUCGGAGGGCAUCCUAACUUUGAUAAUUGCGCUCGGAGUUCUCUUUGCCUCAAUUGACAUUGUGGACGAUAUCAGAAGAAAGGCUGGAAAAACCAUCCUUUCCGACAGCCCCGAGAUAGACCUGCUGCGGGCGAAGCUGACAGACUUGAUGACCGUGUCUCUGUCUAAAAGCCACCAGCCAAGGACCAUUUCAAGCCACCUGAAGGAGAUAUAUGCGGCAAGCUCAGGUUUAUCCUAUUUUAUGAAAAAGGUCAUCAAGAUUCUCGGGGAAGGCGCUGCUGAUGUUGAUCUAUCAGCUGUCCCCGAAUAUCUCAACUCUCUCGACAAAUUCCCAAAUGACCUUCCACCAACAAUGAGCUUCACAGAAACAGAGCUUAACAGGGGUGAUGUAGAACUGUGCCACGUCUGCAACAGGCCAAUCAGCGCUGAAUGCGUCAGCUGGGAUGGGUAUCUACGGCGCCAACACUUAACAUGCAAAGGCUCAUGUGUUCACUGCGACACUUGCGAAACUCCGCAGAAUACGAAUUUAGUAUUAAUCAGUCCGCCUGGCGACAGCUAUGCGCUGUGCUGCACCAGCUGUCAGAGUGUGGACAUACUAGGCAGCCGUUCCACCGAUUCAAGCUCUGUGAAGUCAUGUAAAUAUAUUACAAAACUACAGCAAUAUGUCUUCCUUCUCAGAGCCCAAUUCGAACAAUUGCGAUACCCGGAAGAUGUCUGUUAUAAUUAUACCCAGACGACGAUGGCCACAGAAACCACGGUAACGGCGGUAACAUCCACAACAACCACAACGACGAUGACGGCCCUUUUUGAGAGGUCGCAUAAACAACUCGACAAGGGCAUAUUCGGACGGCUCUCGACCAACAGCCAUCGGACCGUCUCAGAGCAGCCCGUAGCAAACAACCCCAUCGAUCGAACGGCUUCGGACACAUUUGCGCUUGGCACGAUGAUUGGCAGCUCUUACCAGGGUUUGAAGAAAGGCUUCUUUAGUAGAUCAAAAGCUCGGUGA